AUGUCUGGUAGUGGCAGCCGCAGUGACAGCGACUUUUAUAGCGGCCUGAUCAACCACACUCCGGAAGCUCCGGUGAGGCGCAUCAAUGUCCGUCGAGAAGCUAUCCACGUUCCCUUGCCGACACUAAGCGCCGCAACCAUCACGCAAGAAGCCUCAGGGUUUCGACUUCUGAAGAUCCGUCCCAACGGCGACUCGCACUCACCUAUCCACGGAGACCUCACUCGAUGGCGUAUAGCUGAUGCGCCGGACUUUCACGCGAUAUCGUACGCUCCAGGUAGCGGUACAGCGGUUUGUCAUGUCAUCUUGGGCGAGGCCAACAUUGAAUUCGCGGUGACGCGACAUGUAUGGGAAGUAUUACGAAGAAUGCGCCAUGCGACGGCUGUAGUAUACGUAUGGGUUGAUGUGUUGUGUAUUGACCAGGCAAACCGCCUCGAGCGCAUAUCACAGGUCGCCAAUCUGCGCCAGGUGUAUAGUCGAGCGCUGACGGUAAGAAUCUGGUUGGGAGAGGAGAAGCGACUGACAGAUGGCGCAAGCGAGAUCGAUCUAGAUGAGGCACUUUUCGCGUCGCUGGCGAAGCAGCGAGAGCCCUGGUGGAAACAGCUAUGGGCACUGCAGAAUUGUGCGUACGCGAGGACGUGCCCGGUUGUGAUGCUGGGACCUUUGAAGAUCGGCCUGGAUGAUUUCAUCAUGCGGUGGGCGGCAGCAAUGGAAAGCUUGAAGUCGAAGACUUCACCCCAGGAGAAGCAGUUCCUGACUCAUCUUCGUAUGCGAGAGAGUCUGGCUCAUAUUCAGGCACCGCUUGAGUUGUGGCGGGUACGAAAAACCGGAAAUCAGCCACGCAAGCCGCUGCUCUAUCGCUUGCGCGAAACUUAUUGGCGACAAUGCUCGGAGCCACGUGAUAUUAUUUUUGCACUGCUGGACCUUGUAGAUGAAGAGGAAGCAAACAAAUUCCUCCCGGACUACAGCAUAAGCUUUGAGGACCUC